AUGUUUCAAAGCUUCACCGGAACCUCGCGGCGGCCGCGCCAGGUCAACCUUUCCGGGCGAAAUACCAAUCCGUUCGCCGCAAGUACCGGAACCGGCGCUGGCUCGCAGGCUGCCUUGGCCUCCGCCCAGCAAGAGCGGUUACAAAGGCAGCGAGAGCGAGAGAGGUUAAACGCAGCCAAGACCAUCCAACGUGUGUGGAGAGGCCACAGCAGCAGGAGGAGGACACGAGAUGCGCUUCGGGCAGCAUGGGAUCGGGAAGAGGCGCUGGCAUCACCAGGGUCGCCGUACACGUCUACGGAGGAAUCUUUGUUACAGCUGGAGAGGCUGCUGCGAUUCGCCAACGUGCGGAGCGCUGAGGAUGUCCGGAGGAUACGCCGAUAUUGCGAGCGGCAAAUGAAGAGCUCAGACGCCGUCUCCAGUUCUGGUGGGCCGUGGCCUAUGGCGUACCUCCGCCUGCAGAGGCUCAUCCUUGCUGCGAUCCAGAAGCGGAGCACGGAAGGUCUUGGUCUCGUGGAAGCCCUUUGCUCCGUUACUGAGCGGAUACCCAGAGAGACAGCUAGAAAUGCGCGGCCGUACUACCAGACCAUGGCAGCACUUACGUCUCACAUCUCAUCCGAGAGCUCCGAGACAGAAAGAUCUGUACUGUUAGAGGCGACCUUUGCGCCGCUACGAGCGAUGACUGCGGACACGCUGACGGCCUAUCAAGCUUUUGCAUGUACAUAUCUUACCGCCUCAUCGCUCGCUGGUGACCCAGCCGUCGAGGUCGCAUACCUGAGUCCGCGCACGUGGCUACUAGACGCGCUAGCUGAGCGCCUGAACUACAAGCUUCUUGAUAACGGUUUGUCAUCUGUCGUGAAGACACAAAACUAUGCUCACUAUCCGGAACUACUGGAUAGUAGCAACCGUGUACGCCUUCUGGCCUGCUUCAUCUAUUUUCACCGUCACGUUCACAAUUUUAAGGAUCCAGGGGCAUACUCGUCACAUCCAGACUUUGUUGCCGUGGUGUCGAGUUUUCUCGCUUCAGUUGCGAAUGAUUUUCACUUCGAAGAACAGAACUUUGAAGAAGAAGACAAUGCUUCGAUAGUCAAGGUGCCCAUUCUGAAUGGGUUCAUCCAAGAGCAGAUCGUCUCCCUCGUCAACGAAGAGAGCAUCCGUGGCCUCCUGUCAGGCACUCGCGGGAACAUCAAGGAUCAAGACGAGGAUGCUAAGCAGUUCGCCAACUACGCUCUUGGCCUUCUCCGUUUCUUCCCGAGCCGGAAAAUUGACAUUCAGACAUGGCUUUAUAUUGGCUCCUCCUCGUCAAAUCAGAGUCUCUCGGCGAUCAAGUACUUCUGGCGUGCCGCGAGAGCAACAGGCGUCUUUAGGACAAUCAGCCAAAACCACCGAGACGCCAUCGCGCUGCUGAAGUCGAGCGAGACCCCGAUACCAGCCCCAACUGCCUCGCUCCGUUGGCAGGCGCCUCCAUCUGAGGGAAGGAGAACCGUCGUAACCGCUGACGAGUGGAGGAUUCUGCUCCUCUUCAUGGAGCUUUAUACACCUAUAUUGCGUCUGAUGGAUGAUGAGGAGUUCUUCUCAGGCAUAGGCAUGCCUGGUAACAAUAAAUCUUCUUUGAGUUCACCAAGCGCUCAAGGCAACGCCCUUCCUCUGGACGACAUCCGAGACCUUACCAUAUUUCUGAAGAAUCUUGGCUUUACCCUCUGCUUCAACUCUGCGGAAAUCACACGGAACGCGGAGCGGGACAAUAGACCAGGCGGCCUUAGCAGUCACUUUCACGUUGCAUCUGGCCCUCAAGUUGCGGCUGCGCCAGCAAGAAGCGAAACGCCUACGCCGGCUUCUGUAGCGGGCAUAGCGGGCAUGGGGAUUGACUACGUAAAGGGACUCGUUACGGGCCUCUUGCGCAUGCUUUAUGAGCGAGAUUCACGCCGCAAAUUCCUCCCGGCAGACCAUUGGCUGAUGACUUCUGAGUUCAACAUGGAGGGGUUCAUUCCCGAUGUGGUUGAAGAGGAGGAAAGGCGACACAAGGUGCAGGAAGAGGACGAUGAAGACAGAGAUGAGGAUGAUGCGGAAGAGGCGUACGACCCAGGGACGCCGCUCAUUGGCACGAGACGAACACAGCAGGUCCGAAUGAACGAGCGAAGACAGCGUCAACUGCGCAAGCUGUCACGGCAAAAGCAUUUACAGGCCGUUGCUCCUCGUUUAGAAGUCCUCCAAAACAUGCCCUUCUUCAUCCCCUUCACAACCCGGGUCGAAAUCUUCCGCGAAUUCGUGCACAUCGACCAAAUGAAGCGCCGCCACGGCUUCAUCGACCCCGACACAUGGCGCAUGUCCGUCUUCCACGGCACCGGCAGCCGCGACGCCAUCGACAAGCACCACGCCAAGAUCCGGCGCGGGCACGAGUUCGAAGACGCAUUCGAGCAGUUCUACCCGCUCAAGGAAGGCCUCAAGGAACCCAUCCAAAUCACCUUCGUCGACCAGUUUGACACCGUCGAGGCCGGCAUUGACGGCGGAGGCGUGACGAAGGAGUUCCUGACGAGCGUCACGAACCAGGCUUUCAAUCCCUCGUCCUCCGAGGAUGACGAGCUACCCCUCUUCGUCGAAAACGAGCACCAUUUGUUAUAUCCCAACCCGUCCGCCAUCGACGCCCAGAAAGACCUCCUCCACCAGCUCGGCUACCGCGACGGCAGCCCCGAGUACCGCGAGCAGCUGCGCGGGCUACGCCAACGCUACGAGUUCCUCGGCCGCGUAGUCGGGAAGUGUCUGUACGAAGGCAUCCUGGUCGACAUCCACUUCGCGGGCUUCUUCCUGCUGAAGUGGGCGCUGACCGGCGGCCACGGCUCCGCGCCCAAGGAAUCAGGCUACAUGAGCAACCUGAACGACCUGCGCGACCUCGACGAGGGCCUCUACCAAGGGCUGCUGCAGCUGAAGAACUACGCCGGCAACGUCGAGGACUUCGCGCUCAACUUCACCAUCACGGAUACCGUAUCCACGGACCCCGCAACCGGCGCCACGAAGACCCUAACCCGCAACCUCAUCCCCAACGGCGCCGCCGUCCCCGUCACGAACCAAAACCGCAUCCCCUACAUCUCGCUCGUCGCGCGGCACAGGCUAGUAACCCAGCCAGCGGCCCAAACCGCCGCUUUCCUCAAAGGGUUAGCAGACAUGGUCCAGCCCUCCUGGCUGCGCAUGUUCAACCAGUCCGAGCUCCAGACGCUGCUCGCGGGCACCUCAUCCCCGCUCGACAUCGCCGACCUGCGCCGGCACACGCUCUACGGCGGCGUCUACGCCCUCGGCGACGACAGGGCCGAGCACCCCUCCAUCCGCGCCUUCUGGCGCGUCAUGGCGUCCCUGUCCGACGAGGAGCGCCGCGCGGUGCUGAAGUUCGUGACGAGCUCCCCGAGGGCGCCGUUGUUGGGCUUUGGGGCCCUGAAUCCGCGGUUUAGUAUCAGAGAUGCGGGGGAUGAGCAGAGCAGGCUGCCGAGCACGAGCACGUGUGUUAAUCUGCUCAAGUUGCCGAGGUAUAGAGAUGAGCAGACUUUGAGGGAGAGGUUGUUGUAUGCCGUGUUUUCGGGGGCUGGGUUUGAUUUGAGUUAG